CCGGCCGCUCCCUGGGAUCCACCCCCGGGGGGGGGAGGGGGAGGCAGCGGCGGCGGCGAUGGAAGCGGCGGCGGCGGCCGGAGGGAGCGCUGUGUCCCGGCCAGGCCUCGCCUUUGAGCUGAGGAUCCCUUUCCCAUCAUCAUCAUUGGCCCAGAUUGCGCUGGGCUCCCUGGCCCCUGACCCCGAGCCCCGCAAAGAAGGGAUCAGCAAGGAACUGGAUGUGACGGAGGACAUCUUGCAUGUUCAAUGGAGAGCGGAUGAAGCCCGGAUUCUGCGUGUGUCCAUCAGCUCCUUCCUGGAGCAUCUCUGCUUGGUGGUGGAAACGAUGGACCUCUUUGGGCCUCCUGUGGCUUGAUAGAUGGUUGCAACAGGAAGCUUCCCAAUAAUUUUGGCUGGACUCUGGACUUGCCCAUGGACUACUGAUGUCAGAGGAGGCGCUGAACAUGCCAUCCUUAGAGCCAAGAUGUUGCUUUGUGUUCUGGACAUACUCUUGAACAUUGAUAGAUUUUGUGUGCUGAGAAGCAGGCAAGCAUGGGACUGCCUUGAUAUAAGACAAAGUACAUAGAAUCUGGUGCUCUAAAUAAAUUAUCCAGUGUACUUUA